UGGAAAGAAGUGUGAAGGCACAGCAGUGCCGCAUUGCAUAGUACUAAGAGAGAGAAAGAAAAACUACUGUCUUUAGUCUUACCAUCCGAGUAAUCAAAGAAUCUUUUUGAAGCAAAGAAAAAAAAACAAGUCUAAAAGAAGAAAGAAAAACACUGUUUGUUGGUUUUUUUUUUUCUUUAGAUUUCUUCUUCAGUUUGCAUGACAAACAGGUUUAGGUACAAAGUAAGCAAAGAUUUGCCCUUGCCCUAACUUGAGUCAUCUUCGAAUGAGUCAAGAAAUUUUGACAGGGUUAAGUAGCAGAGCAUGAUUAAAUUAAUGUCGUAAUUUAAGUUGCUGGUGUGGAUGUUGAUUUCACUGGACUUAUGUAGCUUUUGAAGAAUAUCUUCUGGAUAGUGAGUUUGGGCCCAAAUUGGACAUGAGAAUGCUUGUGGGGACAUGCUCGAGCCAAGGGAAGCUGAUAUACCUGCAUUAUUUCUGGUCUUGGUGGUGCUUCCUUUGGUUGCUUACUUCUUACUUGGGAAAUGGAGUGAGGCUUCAAAGAAACGAGAGAGGAUAAGUUUACUUGCUCAACUUGCUGCUGAAGAAGCUCUUAGAACAGAAACAAUGGCUGCUACCGGUGUUAUUCCACAUGUUCCUUCUUCGAAGAAUGGAUUACAUGCGUGUGCUAGAUGUUUUGGUCCUGCAACAACUCGCUGCUCAAAAUGCAAGGCUGUCAGAUAUUGUUCUGGAAAGUGCCAGAUUAUUCAUUGGAGGCAAGUUCAUAAGCAAGAAUGCCUACAGUUGGAGAGUUCAAGCUCAGGCUCAUCUCCUAGUAUUUCCUCAUUUGAAGAAUCUAUGCAACUUAGUGACAACAUGAAUUCACAGUUCUCUGGGUACAUUAAUCAGCAGGCUGUCAUAGAAAAAGCACCUUUAGAUAACAUAAAUCAUUUUCCAAUAACCACUGGUGUAUUUGCUAAUGGGGAUUGUUCUACAGUUGAUACCUCUCAAGUCUGUGCACUAGAUAGAAGAAGUACAGACAAGAGAAUUUCUCGUAAAGCCAACAGAGAAAUGCUAAGAAGAGAGGAUAUAACUAUAUUUGAUUCUUGUGAGGAAACCUCAAGGAGAGCUACUAGUUUGACACCUAGUAAUAUUUCUUCGAAAGAGGCUUUUAUAAGGCAUAAGUCAAGGACUAGUGGCUUUGUUGUAUCAGAAGAGGGAAUCUUAAAACAGCAUAAUGCCAAUGGCUCUAACAUGCAUAUUCAUGGACAAAAUACAAGUACUGCCAUGCAUGAUAGUCAUAAGCAUCAAAACCCAUGUGGCAACAAGUCUGAACCAAAAAGCAACUAUGAAUUUUCUGGCCCACCAUCUUCUGCAAAAGGUUGGACAAGUGCACAUGAAGCUGAAAAAGCCUUUAUCCUGAGUUCAGAGAAUUUUGUCAAUGGGGAAAAUGUUCUUAGUGGUGAAUCAAUAGAAUUAGACUGUUCUGGGAUGAUUGCAGCAAAGGAAUGCACAAAAGCCAGAAGUUCAUUGCAUUCACCAGGACCCAAAAUCUCUAAAUCACCUAAAUUAGCAAUGAAAGUGUCCGGAGAACAAUUGUGCCCUGAAAUGGAGAGGAAGGGGCAAAUUCAAGAUGAAUUAAAAGUUUCUGGAAUGUCAAGUGGCAUACUGGCACCAGGAAUCAAUGGGGCUGCUAGCAUGGGAAUUGUGGAGAUGAUGGGUUUAAAGAAGUUACCAAAACUUGCUAGGCAGGAUUUUUCUGCACUUUGUGGUGAUGGACGUAAGAAAAUAAAGAUGCUGUUUCCUUAUGAAGAAUUUGUAAAUUUCUUCCAAUGUGAAGUCUUUGACAUAUCACCAAGGGGCCUUCUAAAUUGUGGGAACAGUUGCUAUGCCAAUGCUGUUCUGCAGUGUUUAACCUACACGAAGCCUCUCAGCAUCUAUUUGCUGCAUAGAUCACACUCAAGAGCCUGUUAUGGGAAAGAUUGGUGUCUUAUGUGUGAGCUUGAACAACAUGUGAUGUUGUUAAGAGAGAGUGGAGGCCCCUUGUCACCUACUAGGAUCCUUUCUCACAUCCGAAGUAUUAAUUGCCAGAUGGGUGAUGGAAGUCAGGAAGACGCACAUGAGUUCUUGAGACUCCUGGUUGCUUCAAUGCAAUCAAUAUGCUUGGAGAGAUUAGGUGGGGAACACAAAGUUGACCCCAGGUUGCAAGAGACAACAUUUAUACAACAUACUUUUGGAGGGCGCCUUAGGUCAAAGGUGUUUAUAGCUAUUUUACUUUGUUUAACUUUUACCUUAAGUUGUCACCAAAAUUGUUGUUGUGCUUCAUUUUACUUGUCCUCGAUUUGUAUUUUUUUAAAAAAAUUUUUAACUUUUUUGUUGCCAAUGUAUAUUCAAUCUCCAUGUGAUCAGGUUAAGUGUCUAAGAUGUUUUCAUGAGUCAGAAAGAUAUGAAAACAUUAUGGAUCUUACAUUAGAGAUAUUUGGUUGGGUUGAGUCAUUGGAAGAUGCACUAACUCAGUUUACAACACCUGAAGAUUUGGAUGGAGAAAACAUGUACAGAUGUGGAAGGUGUGCUGGUUAUGUUCGGGCUAGGAAGCAGUUGUGCAUACAUGAGGCUCCUAAUAUCCUGACAAUUGUCUUAAAGAGGUUUCAGGAGGGAAAAUAUGGGAAAAUAAACAAGUGUAUCACUUUUCCUGACAUGCUGGAUAUGGUUCCUUUUAUGACUGGAAUGGGUGACAUCCCUCCACUUUACAAGCUUUAUGCUGUUGUGGUGCAUUUGGAUACACUGAAUGCAUCUUUUUCUGGACAUUAUGUGUCAUAUGUAAAAGAUUUGCGAGGCAACUGGUUCAGGAUAGAUGAUACUGAGGUACAUCCAGUCUCAAUGAGCCAAGUGAUGUCGGAGGGGGCAUACAUCUUAUUUUACAUGAGGUCAUGUCCUCGCCCUCAAAAAACAUUCACUGAAAAGAGCAUACAGAAGCAAGUUCCCGCUAGGCACCUCUCAUCAAAAAUGGAGAGACCUUCACGAGCGACACAAAGUAAAUCUAACAGCCAUUCUGUUGGCCACAAGCUUUUCCCAGGUUUCGGACCAGAAAUUGCUACGGGCUGUGUCGGCCGUGACACUAAUGGCAUUCUUAGGCACAGUGCAAAUGGUAACGUUCAUCCUGUGGUGGAGAUGUAUGCUGAUCCUAUUAGUGUGGAGUUCUCUGACGUUACAUCAAGUGAUUGGUCCCUUUUCACAAGCUCAGAUGAGGCUUCGUUCACAACGGAGAGUACUAGAGACUCUUUCAGUACUGUGGACUACGCUGAUGCAAGCAAUGGAGAUCCAUUCUCAAUCUUCAAUAACUUGUAUACUCCAGAAUCCUCCUCUUCCAAGACAGUUUCGUGUAGAAUGUUUUCAACUACUAGACCUCAUACCAGGUAUGUGUUAGAGGAGAAGGGUUAUGUUUUUGAUUCCUACUCAUCUGCCCAACCCAUGAAUAGAGUUGAAGAGAACUUGAAACAGGUCGGUGAUUUGGUGUCCGAAUUUUCUUUAGAUAGUGACUAUGGCAUGUUUGUAAAAUAUGGGAGUAACCUAAAAAAUACUCUUGAUAGAACUGCUCAUUGUGAACACUAGUUAAUGGAAAUUCCAAUUGAUUAGAUAAAGUAACUUAGCUAGGUAGAAGUGUUGCCUCAAUUUUUGUUUUCAAUGCUUUGUUGAUUCGAGGCAUGUGGAUCAUAUUAAAAUACCCAAGGAAAGGAAUAUAUCUUAUUUUCUGAAAAUGUUUUUUUGAAGAUUGUAUGGUGCAAGCCAUUACGUUGGGCUCAGCUGAUUUAUUUUUUUGGUCUUAUUUCUCUAGUAGGACACGCAUGUUUUCACUUGUUUGGCUCAUUGCACUAGCUGAAACUGAAUCCAUGCUAGUUUUAUAAAGAUCUCUUCUGGUAGGCAAUUUUUAUUUUGUUGGAACAUUUUUAAUAUUGGUCUGCAGACAGUUUCCCCUCUGAAGGACAUGGUGCAUGCAUGGUCCUGGGGGAUCGGGGAUUGUUGAGGAAAUUCAACAAAUAGUACACCAGAUUGAAUGCUAGUCAUACAUUUGUUAGAGAUUUUUAAA